AUGGCUACAACCACAGCCGACACGACGACCCCUGUGGCUACAACCACAAUUGAGACAACGACCCCUGUGGCUACAACCACAAUUGAGACAACGACCCCUGCGGCUACAACCACCGCCGACACCACGACCCCUACGACGACCCCUGUGGCUACAACCACAUCCGAAACCACGACCCCUGUGUCUACAACUACCGCCGACACGACGACCCCUGUGGCUACAACCUCCGCCGAUACCACGACCCCUGUGGCUACAACCACGCCGAUACGACGACCCCUGUCUACAACUACAGCCGACACCACGACCCCUGUGGCUACAACCACAAUUGAGACGACGACCCCUGUGGCUACAACCACAUCCGAAACCACGACCCCCGUGGCUACAACCACAGCCGACACUACGACCCCUGUGGCUACAACCUCAAUUGAGACGACGACCCCUGUGGCUACAACCACAUCCGAAACCACGACCCCCGUGGCUACAACCACAGCCGACACUACGACCCCUGUAGCUACAACCUCGGCCGACACGACGACCCCUCCGAUACGACGACCCCUUGGCUACAACCACAGCCGACACGACGACCCCUGUGGCUACAACCACCGCCGAUACCACGACCCCUUUGAAAGGACGACCCCUGUAGCUACAACCACAGCCGACACCACAACCCCUGUGACAACAACCACAGCCGACACGACGACCCCUGUGGCUACAACCACAGCCGACACGACGACCCCUCUGGCUACAACCACAGCCGAGACGACGACCCCUGUGGCUACAACCACAGCCGAUACCACGACCCCUGUACGACCACCUCUCCUACCAACACCACUGACACGACGACCUCUUCGGCUACAAACACAGGUACGACCACCUCUCCUACCAACACACGGCACGACUCCGUCGGCUCGAAACACUGGCACGACCACCUUUACUUUCAACACUGCUGACACGACGACCUCUGUAGCUAGAAACACAGGCACGUCCAUUGUUCUUACCAACACCGACUAUACAAGACCCCUGUAG